AUGGUUCUCGUGCUCCACCUUUUUUCCAGAUUCUCACUAUCCAUUUCCGCGUACCUCCGCGCCUUCUUCUAUCGGUUUGCCCACCGUAUCGCGCGUAACCCUUAUCGUACCCUCAUAUUGUUUUUUUGUCUUUCCCCGAUUCUUCUUGUCGCUGUGCUCCGCCUGGACUCCUCUCUUCCGGCUGACAAGGUCUACUCUCCGUCAAAUGCUCUAGCAGCGCAAUACCGACGCUAUGUCCGCCGCAACUUCGGCCUCCCUGACAGGCGUUCCUCUCUUCUGUUCCGAAACCGAGACUCUAUCAAUCCAUCGAUACCGCUUGACUCACAGCCAGCUCUCAGAGACAUGGUGAAGUUUCUUAGUCGCUCUUUUCGGGUCGAUACAUCUAGCAGCCGACAAGCAGAAGGGAACUUCUGGAGGGAACGAUGUGUCAAGGCAUUUGAUCAAGAAGGAAAUCCUUUUUGUUUCUCCCUCUCUUUCCUCGACGUCUUCUACAAUGCCUCCAAGCUCGUCCGAGAUUCUGACGGAAAUCCUCAUUUUUUUGAUACCAUUGAUGCACAGCUGCGAAUCAUGACUGACGAUAACGUCCGCCGUCAUCUCAAUCAGGGUAAAGGCGUCUCUUGGAAUGGUUUACCGAGUAACAUGAACAAUGUCGUCGCCCGAAACGGCGACGGGAGGGUCGUCGCCCUGGUCUUCCAUACUUUUUUCUAUGAAGAACCAACCGAGAAGAAUGCAGAAGUCUUGUCUAAUCCUGACUUCGAUGCUUUUGAUCGUUCCUGGCUGGAGGCAGUUCGCGUUCAGAAUGACGAUGACUCCCUUUCAGUCACUGCACUUCCUGACUGCCGCUGGUCACGACACGAUUCGUCAGAAACUGCUGCGUAUAAGGAGUUGGUGUUAUUUCCUAUUGGAUUUUUUCUCCUCACUGCCUACGUAUGUUUUUUUCUUGGUGAGCUCCACCCCGUCUACAGCAGAGUAGGCCUUGGUCUAGUGGCUAUACUCACUUGCGCACUGGCUAUUGGGGCAACGAUUGGGCUUGCUGCUCUUCUAAAGCUGCCAUUUACCUCUGUCCACUAUGUCUUGUUGCUUCUUCUCACCGGCAUUGGGAUCGAUGAUAUUAUGGUUAUCACCAGAGCUCUUGCCCAUGUCGAUCGCAAUUUGAAGCGAGACGGUACAGGCGACUCCGUUCCUGAUAAGAUUGGGCAGGCCAUGAGUUCGGCGGGAGCUUCCAUUCUAACAACCACUGCCACUAAUACGGCUGUCUUUUUAGCCUCUGCAUCCACCAGCUUGCGUGGGUUCCGCUCGUUCGCGCUAUGGGCAGCGAUUGGCGUCGUCCUGACAUUUAUAUAUACAUCUACAUUUUUCGUGGCCGCCCUAGCCCUUGACCAAAGGAGGAUUGAAAAGGGCCAGAAAGACAUCUACUGCUUGUAUAGAAGGGCAAACAAGAUUCCAGAAAAAAAUUUCGCUGGCUUGCAGUUUCAAGCGAUGAGUCGGUUCUUUAGGAAUAUACUUGGGCCGUUCAUUACUCGCCCAUCAAUUUCGGCAGUUGUCAUUGUUCUUUUCGGGAUUCUUUCAGGUGCAGGGAUCUGGGGCACAACAAGAUUGUCUGUCAAGUUCGACUCUUAUCACCUGUAUAUGCACCAGACACCCGCAUGGAAGUUUUCCAAGACUUUCGUUGAGAAUUUCAAUGUGGGACAACCAGCUCAUGUUUAUGUCAGAGGCGUCGAUUUUUCCAAGACAGAUUCACAAGAACUGGUCUUAAGGUUGUGCCACCCAACAACAGGAUUGAUAGCACGAAAUAAGUGGGUUGAGGAGGGUUCUGUGUCAUGUUGGCUCCACGCUUUAAGAGAAGCUAAAAAUAUCCCGGACUCUCAGAAUGUCAUCCUGUCCGAGGAUUUCGUGGAAGAUGUCAUUGAGUUUUUUGGUUUCAAUCCACGCUUCCUUUACAGCAAUGAAGUAGUCCUGAAGAGAGAUAGGACGAUAAAAGCGUCUCGGUUUUCGUACACGAGGAAGCACGUCGAGAGCGUUCGAGAAGAGGUAAAAGCCAUGACGGACAUUCGAAAUGAACUACAGCAAGUUUUGUCGGGUGACGAGGUCUUUUCUUUCUCUGACACAGACCUUCUCACAGAGCAAUACGCAGUGUUAAGAACGGAAAUGGCAAUUGCGACUGGGAUAGCGUGUGGAGCAGUGUUUGUGGUAUGUUCCAUUUUAUCAGGACAUCCGAUAAUUGGAGCAGUUUGUGUCACACUCGUUGGGCUCAUUGUCGUUGAUGUCAUCGGGAUUUGUCACUUUACAGGCUAUGACUUGAACGCUGUAACCUUAAUCGUCAUUACUGUUUCAGUUGGAAUCGGUGUGGAUUUCGUGCUUCACAUUGGACGCUCCUUUCAAGAUCAAGUUGGAACACGCAAGGAACGCGCAGUCUUAGCAUUGCAGGAACUCGGGCCGUCCAUCUUUCAUGCUGGAAUGAGUACUUUUUUCUCAAUCCUGGUGCCAGGGAUGUCUAGAUCGUAUAUUUUUCGAACACUGUUCUGGGGUCUAUUCUCACUCCUCAUCCUGGCAGUUCUGCAUGGAUUGAUACUAGGGCCAAUCUUACUCUCUCUAGUCGGUCCGAAGGGGUGGUACAACAGCAUCGAAAUGCGGGAAGAUGUCAGCGGACUUGUGCUAGGGCGCGAAGGGCAGCGAACAGACUUGCGCGAGGAUGACAAUUCCGCCGAAAUAGAAGAAGGUCGUUCGGGCAAGAAGGGCGAAGUGGCUGUAACGGAGAAAGGGCAAGAAGAUGGCAAGUGUUGUGAUUCAAACGAUUGCGAUCCCGGCCAAGGCAACAGUCCGACGUCAGACACCUCGCACCAAACUACUACCGAAAAUCACAAUCAACCUCAAGAACAUUGA